GACUGAAUAGCGAAUACAAUACGUUCACAUGUUUAAGGGACGGAGAAAUAAUACAUGUCCUCCUGCAAGCAACGGGAAAUUUCACAUACAAUUCGCUGAGAAAAAAUAAGCGUUUUGGUAUUCGACUGGACAGUUAAGAAUGUCUGUGUAACUUGAGCUAUUCUGCGUGCUGCGGCAAUUUUUGGAGAAUUUUUGUUACUCGGCAAUAAAUUACUACAUUUAUUAUAACAUUAUUUGUGGUUCUAUUCGUGGUAUCGGUUGAAAAUCGAAGCCAUAGAUCAAUUUUAUUAUUGCAAACUGAGGCAAGAAAGAAGAAAAUAAGAUAUCGAAGAAGAGUUUAAAUAAACAACAUGAAACUAUCUUGGGUGUGUGACUUCUACCAGAGAAAAGAUUGCAGAAAGGGAGCGAAUUGUGCGAGGCUGCACCUCUGUGCCAAGUUCCUGUCUAAAUCAUGUCCCGAUGAGUCGAGGUGUGGCCUGGCUCAUAGAUUGUCGGACCGCGACGCUAGAAUGCUGUCGAGCCAGGGGGUAGAUGUCAACAACCAGCAGAUCUUCAGGUUUAUCGGAGAGUUUUGUCGCGAUCAAAAUGAGUUAAUGGGGAUAGAGCCGACUAUGAAUAUUCCAAGACCAUGUAGAGAUUACAAUAGAACUCAGUGCAAGGACAAACAGUGUCGCUACCCUCACUUAUGCUACCGAUUUGUGGACGAGUCACGUGACAACUUCCCAGCUAGAAGAAGUUCCUGCUUGAAUUGUGGCAAAGAUCAUAUUCUGUCCCCCUCGGAAAAGGCGAAACUGGCUCCGUACUGUUUCGAUAUUAAGUCCUACUGUGUUUUGAAAUUGUAUCUUGAAGUGAUGCAGCGGUUCAUCAAGCCAGGAGCUUCUUCUACAUACAGAAAAAGUGUACAAAAUUACGGCAAUGGACUGGGACUAAGUGUAAACGGUGCUUCUAACAGCAGACCGGAAAGUAGCAACGGCGGUUACCAAAAUCAGGAUUCACAAGUUCAAGACAUGGGAUUGGAAGUCAAAAAAGAAAACGAAAAUGAGGAGAGUGAAAUUUGCUGGGCAUUUUUGAAAAACAAAUGUGCUUAUGGAGACACGUGCUUCAAAGUUCAUCCAGCAUACAAGACUACGGUCUUAUGGGAAUUCAAACCAAUGGGCCAGAAAGUCUGGCGCCCUUUCGAGGAGGAAGAAAGCGAAGCCCUGGAAUCCCGGUUCUGUGUUCCGGAAAUUGACCGCGGAACUUACCCAGGAAUGAAAUUGAGAGUCAUGUAUGAUUUCGAAACUAUGAAAUGUACUUUGUACCCCCCAAUGCCGAGUAAGAAAAUUGUGUGCAACAUUCGACGAACUGAAACGAAAGAAAAGCGAACAAAAUGGAACUUUUAUUGGCAAAAUGAGAAAGAGAACGGGUUCUGGCAGCCAUAUGCCAAGAACGGGAAUUUUGGUCUUGAUUGCGAUGAAAUUGAUCAAAUUUUUGAAAAGCUUCAAACGAAUGAAUUUACGGACAAAUUUUUCCUCGUUAACAAUAGUGAGGGAAGAGUGUUGCAUUUGAAAAAAGCGGCGGGAAAUUUCUCUUUUUAUGAAACAGACGUUUCAGGACAUGAUCGAAAAGAAGUAAAACGGAGACCGCGUGAAGAAAAGAUCAAAAUAAACGAGAAAGGUGUGAAAGCAUCAAAGACGCACAGUGAAAUUUCCGCGCCUUCCGUGAACGAAGCUGCGCAAAAAGUAUGCGCAAAGCAUGAAACAAAGCCGUGCACUAAACGGGAAUGUCCAAUGUUUGGAUGUACGAAUGACUUUUUAUGGCUAUACAAAGAGAAGAGUCGAAAGCAAUGGAAUCCGUUUCCUGAAAAUGUUAGCGAGUUCCUGGAAUCCCAAUUCUGCAACCCAGAAAUAUCCGAGACGAAAUUUAAAUGGAACAACCAAGAAGAAAGGAUCAGAUUUGGUGAUCACGAAAUAGAACUAAUUUCGAAGCCGAGUUUCGACGUUCUGAGGCUAAGCUACGGUUCUAUCAUGUCAUGGGCUUGGUACUGGUUAGAGAAUGCAUCAAAUACGAGAAACAGUGCUCGUGUUACUAGCCUUUUCCCAGAAAUCUUACAAAGGAAUGGGAUCCAAGUCAGAACAUCGGUUCCCAAAAAUUGGAAGCUGUAUGGCGAAAAAGGAUCUCGCGAUGUGGCAUCGGAUAUUGAGAGUGAUCGUAUCGAGUACGGCUUUGAGAGCUACAGAGACGAAAAGAUAAAAUUCUUAGCCGGCAAGAGCAUUUAUGAGAUCAACUUCACAACAUUCGAUCAAAAGAAUUUAAAAUCUGGUUCUGUGCGAAAAAUAAGAAGGCGACCGAAAAUUGAUAUUCAAAAGCAAGAGCCGGUUGUCGACCAACAAAUGGUUUUCGAUCAGUCACCACCGAAAGAAUGGGUUUCUAAAAGUAGGUCGGCUUUUAUUGCUGUCGAGCCUGAAGACAAUAUUGACUGUAACAUUAUAACGAGUUUCUUCAAAGAUGCUAUCGAUGGGUAUGACGUCAUCGUUACGCGAAUCGAGAACCAUAAGAUUUGGAAAAAUUACCACGAGAAAAAGAAGGAGAUGAUCACUAAACUGGGUCAAAAUGGCUUGAAUGAAGUGCUGUUGCUUCAUGAGACGGAAAAGAAGUAUAAAAAUGAAAUUAUGGAGUCUAACACAUACAAAGUAGGACCUCGCAAAACCAUGUCAAACAUCGGCAAGGGAAUUUAUUUCACUAACGAAAUCGACCUUACUUCUAUACCUGAACUAGAAGAUGAUAGCGAGGAAUCCAAAUUUAUUUUCGUAUCCUUGGUUCUGGCCGGCGAGUAUACCCAGGGCUCGAAGUUCUUCGUUCGACCCCCGCUGAAGGAAAAUGAGCUGAGCAUAGGUGAAGAACAGUAUGAUUCAUGCGUGGAUGACCCGUAUGCGCCUAAAGUGGUGGCUCUGUUUGAUGUGAGUCAGACCUACCCACUGUACAUGGUUGAAUUGCAACCGGAGGAGUAGAAAGAAAAACAUGAAGAGAUGUCCAUGACAUGUAAAACAUCUUUAAAGUAUGAUUACACUACCGAGCUUGUAAUUACAUAUGACGAUCGAUUUAUUGAUUUUUCCCACAAUAAUCUUGCGAAAUUGUUUUCAAAAAAUA